GACGGCGCGGAGGCGGCCGGCAGCGGAGCCGCCCCAGCCACAGCCGCAAGGACGAGGACCAGCAGCCAGGGCCAGAGGCUCACGCCCGAGGGGGGGGGGCGAAGAAGAAGCCGGCGGCUCUGCGGAGCCGCGUGCGCGACCUGCGCGCGCGGGCCGCCGCCGCCGAGGAGGGCAUGGAGUUCCUCGGCGAGGCGCAGGUGGAGCGAGAGCGCCGCAGGGCGGAGACGGCCAGGGACCGCACCAAGAAGCGGAUCGAGGCCCUCAACGCCCAGGCAGAGGACGUCCAGAAGGAGCUGGCGGAGGAGAAGUCCAAGCUCGAGAAGAAGGAAACGCACAUCCAACAGCUGGAGGCCAAGAGGUCGCAGCUGGAGCAGCACACU